AGUACCGCACCCAAAGACAAACCCGUUGAUCUCGGCAAGAUAAGUAAAAGCUGUAAGAAGAGGAUGCGCAAAAAGCAGCGUAAGCAGCAAGCUCUUCUAGAGCAAGAGUUGAAUGAACUAGAAGAAUUAGAAUGUCAGGACCUGGAACGACAAAAACAGGAGACUCGACUUGUGUCCAUUAUUCGUGACUCCUCUGUUAAAACCGAUUUUGAAAUUGGCUCGAAUAGUUCUGAUAAAAAACUUUCAAAUAUCAAUAUGAAUGAAACACCUCAUGUUGGGAUUGAAGAUGGCGAAAUCGAAGAUGAGGGUGAUACAGAGGUAAACGAAGAGUCUCAGACUGGAUGUUCAACGCAUAUUGACGAACCACGUUCACCGAAGCUUGAGUUUUCUGCCAGUAGGCGACGUAAAAAACGUAGAACAAAAAAGAAAAAAGCAAUCAUUGAUGAUUCACUCUCAAAAACGCUUCAAUAUAAAGUCAAUGGUAGUUCCAUUGCUUCAUGGAGUAAAGGAUCAACGGGUGAUGAUCCGAAUCGACAAGAAGACAACAAGAGAGAGUGCCUGAAUCCUGGCCAAAACGAGCAUUUUGAGGUUUUUAUCUCACCUUAA